UUUUUAAACUACAUCUUUAAACUGUGUCCACGGUAAUUAUAUUGCAACAUAAUAUUUUCUCGAAAUUAGAAGUUGAAAGAAUAAUAUCACUGUAUAAUACUUUGCGAUAUAAUGCGUUAAAAAUCUCUUUCUGUAUAUUUAAUGUCAUUAAGUUACGAAUAGAACAACUCAUGACUGCAAUUGACUGUAGUUUCUAGGCAACGAAAUUGAUCGAUUUAUAUAGGAUUUAUAAAAAAUUUCGAAUGAAAAUAUUAUUUUAAGGUCAUUUGAUUAUUAUCGUCAUUAUAUUUAAGAAGAAUAUGAUUCAAAAUAAAGUUGAGAUAUUUUUAGGUUAGGUCUCAUUAAUGUAAUAUUUUUCAAUCUUCUUUUAUGUGAAAUAACGUAAGUGGCAUGUUUCAGAUGAUUUCACGUCAAUUCUUUCGCUCAAUACAUACAAAUUAUGUACUUUGCAACGCAUCAAAGAAAACAUUGUUAAGCAAAUUGCGCAAGAAAACUGGAUAUACAUUUGUAAAUUGUAAAAAAGCCUUAGAGCUAUGUGACAAUGACAUAGUAAAAGCUGAACAAUGGUUAAGGGAACAGGCGCAGGCUCAAGGCUGGUCUCAAGCAAUGAAAUUAAAAUCCAGGACGACUUCUCAAGGAUUAAUAGCAUUGAUCACUAAUAAUAAUCAUGGAGCUCUUGUAGAAAUUAAUUGUGAAACAGAUUUCGUUGCAAGAAAUAAAAAGUUCUAUGACCUAACAGAGAUCAUACUUGCUACUGUAUUAAAACAUGGAAUGACAAUUGAACAGAAUUCAUUAAUCAAGAAAACUAUGUUAUAUACAGAAUCAAUAAGUAAAUUAUAUGCCGAUGAUGGUAAAAAUUUAAACGAUCAUUCUGCUUUAACUAUUGGACUUGUAGGAGAAAACAUUAAUAUAAAGCGUGCAUUAUGUAUGAGUGUACAACCAGGUCUAUAUCUAUAUGGUUGCACACAUCCUACUUCUGCAAACCCAGCAUCUUCAUCAUUUGGACGAUAUGGUGCAUUCGUGGUUUUAAAAUCUGAUAAACGGAAAGAAGCUUUGGGAAGACAACUUUGUCAGCAUGUUAUUGGCAUGAACCCAAUCAAAAUUGGUGAUGCAAGAUUAGAUCAGCCCUGUGAUAAUGUAGAUGACGAAUCUGUUAUGUUGUAUCAAGAAUUUUUAUUUGAUCCUACUUUAUCUAUACAACAGUUAUUGCAAAGUGAGCAGGCUGAAGUCUUGGACUUCAUACGCUUUGAAAUGGGUGAGACACUCGAAAACAAACAAGAAUUGGAUUCUGUAGAAACUUGCGGUUAAAACGAUUGGAAUUCGUUUAAUAGAUCUAUGUAUUUAUCAUACAUUUUGUAUAUAUUUCGAAACUUUCAAAAGAUAAUAUAAACAUUAUGCUUAUCUACUAUUAUGAUACGAGUAAAAUACUUAAACUGUUGCAUUUUUUUUUUUAUUAGAUAUAAAUUAUAAAUAGACUCAAAAUAUAGUAUGAAAACUAAAGUAUUUUAUUUACAAAGUUAUUCUUCAAUGAUACAUACACUUAUCAAAAAGUAUAAUCGAUUUAAAACAGCGGCAUCAACGAUAAAACAGCAUUAUAAAUGCAAAGCGCUUUACAUCUAAAAUUGUAGAUGAUAUUCAGAUUAUUGCUCUUCUUCAUUUUCUUUAUUUUUAUUUUCUUUAUUUACUAUGUUAGAUGAUUUUAAUUUGUUCCUUCUUCGCAUGAGCUUUACAGAUUUCCAAAGCCACAUUCGCGAGUCUUUUUUCCAGUAAAGAGCAAUAUCUUCUGGUGAAUGCAUAACACCCUAAAAUGCACAAUUUUAUAAAUAAUAUAUUUUAUGAUGUUAUAUAUCAAAAUUUAUAAAUCAUACUUGAAAAUUCAAAAUGUCAGAAUGUUGAACAGAUUUCUUAUAGGGCAACAUAUCUUUAGCAUUUAAACCGAACAAUUCUUGGUCAAUAUCAUCGGGUGGUUCAGUUUGCACAUCGCUUGUUCGACGAAGCGGUAUCGUAUCAUUUCUGGAUUCAAUUUCCGCCUCUAGUUCCAAACGUUCAAGAGCCGAUGUAAAGCUCCUUGACUCUUUACAAUUGCCAAAAUUCGCCUAUUGGGAAAUUUUAUAUUUCCAUAAAAAAGUAAUAAUUUAUACUAUGUCGAAAAUAAAGAAAUUUUUCAACAUUGAACAAA